UAUUUUGAUCAUGCCUUCUUGUUUUUUCAUGAACUUCAAUUAGAAGGCCUUCAACCCAAUUCAGUGACUCUACUUUGCAUGUUUCAGGAGAAGAUGAAAAGGCCAUGAAGUGUUUUAGCCUGAUGCAAGCUGAAGCGAUGGCUCCGAGCCCUGAAACCAUGACAAUUAUCAUUUCUUCUUGUGCACAAUUGGGAGUUACAAAGACUGGUAAAUGUCUUCACAAUUUUUCGAUUAGAAGUGGUUUAUUGGAUGUUUUUGUAGAGACAGCACUCUUAGAUAUGUAUUCAAAAUGUGGAGAAAUAGCUAUGGCAUUCCGAUUUUUUCACACCAUGAGAGCGAGAAACAUGGUAUCAUGGAGUGCCAUGAUUUCUGGUUUUGCUCGGAACGGGUACUCAGAGGAAGCCAUUGUGCUUUUUAAGAGAAUGCAAUACGAAGGCCCAAAGCCUGGUUCCGAUGCUUUGAGAAGUCUUGUUCUUGCUUGCUCUCACAUUGGAGCUCUACUACUUGGUAGAGUCAUCCAUGGCUACCUGAUAAGAAAUGGGUUUUACGAGGAUCAUGAUAUGUCCCUGAAAACAUCAAUGGUGGACAUGUACGCCAAAUGUGGGUGCAUGGAGCUCGCAAGAAAAUGUUUCGAGGAGAUGCACAUGAAGGAUGUCGUCUCAUGGACCGCCAUGAUAGAUGGCUAUGGCAUGUAUGGCCAUGGCCAUGAAGCUCUGCAACUCUUUGGUCGAAUGGAGAGAGAAGGGAUCAAACCGAAUCAGGUCACUUUUGUUAGUGUUUUAUCGGCUUGCAGCCAUGCGGGUCUCAUAAAAGAAGGCCUCGAGUACUUCAACUACAUGAGUUUGGUUAUGGGGAUUAAGCCUGGUUUGAACCACUACACUUGUUUAGUGGACCUUUUGGGGAGAGCUGGCAAGUUACAAGAAGCUUGGUUAGUUAUCAAGGACAUGCCCAUUAAACCAGACAGUAGAAUUUGGGGGGCCCUAUUAAAUGCUUGCAAAAUCCAUUCAAAUUUAGAUAUUGCGGUUUAUGCAGCUAAGAAUGUUCUUGAAUUGGAGCCUGAGAAUAUUGGUUACAAUGUGGUUUUAUGUAAUAUUCAUUCAUGGGAGAAGAAGUGGGGAGAAGCUGAAAAAUUGAGGAAGCUGGUUAUGGGUAGAGAGAUGAGGAAGAAACCAGGUUGGAGCUUCAUUGAAGAAGGUGGUGGGAUUCAUGGGUUCAUUGCUGGAGAUAGAACACACUUUAUGGUGGAACAGAUCUAUGGCGCUUUGGGAUGUUUGGUAGAGCAUAUGAGGGAGAUGGAGAAUAUGCCUGAUUUGAAUGACUCGUUUCCUGGAUCAUGAUCCCUUUUUACAAAUAGUCCCUGAGAUGAAUAACAUAUGGAGUUACAAGUAUCUUCAUAGAGUCGAAGCUUUCUUAUGGCGAGAUAGAGAUAAGUGCUUAUUGGUAGAACAACUCAGCAAGAGGGGGUCAUCAUUACAAACAUUUGUAUUUUGUGUAAAGGGGACGAGGAGACUAAUGAUCAUUACUUCAUCCACUGCCCAUUGCUUAAUAACUAAUAGUUAAUAAGUUCGUGACAAUUAUUUUUUGUAAUUUAUGUUUACGUUUUAUUUAUCAUAAUAAAUUCUAGUUAAUAACCUGGUAAAA